AUGAACGCCUUUGGAUGCAACAGCAACGGUGUUGAAGGGAAACCAGCUCCCAUCAACGGCAGACCAUCUCAACCAGACACGGCAUGCGCUGCCAUCCUCAGGAGCGCGCAACCACACCCCUCAUGCACACGCGUGCGCCGCGCUGAUAGCGACGAACAACGUGCUGGCCAGUGCACCCUGCAAAGCAUCAUUGAUGGCUCGUGCCCUGGAGCCAUGGAGCUGACAUCAAUGGUGUACUGUUCCUCACGGUUUCUGGCCACGAGGCACGUGGGCGAGGAGUUGAUGUUGGACUCGAAGAGCGGCAACGUGCUGGUGUCAGCUUCGCUUCGCGCCAAGAUUACGGACUUUGGGUCCAUUCGCCAGUGCUUCACACGACACAAAAACCAGCACCAGCAGCGCACAAGUCUCUCUUCCAGCCAUGAUGAUUACCCUCAGUACAGCCAGCAGGCUGGGCUGCAGACGAUGACCAGCAUAACGCUGACGGCUGGUGUGGGUACGCCACUGUACAUGGCACCAGAGGCACUGACGGGCGACAAGUACAGCUUCGAGGCAGACGUGUUUAGCUUUGGCGUGCUGAUGUGGGAGGUGGGGACGCAGCGACAACCUGAUCUGAUCGAGCAGGAGAAGGGGAGUGGGUAUCGGGGACCAAUCCUCGCCACCAUCAGCAACCUGAUGAAGGAUGGGAAGCGGUUGCGAUUCGAGGAUGGUGAAGAAGAUGCCAUCCCCGAGUGGUUCCAGUCGCUGACGUACAAGUGCAUGGCGCAGAACCCGCGUGAACGACCAUCGUUUGGAGAACUCAAGGACCACCACUUUGCUUGA